ACAUGGAACUGCCGAUCUCUAAAUUUUGUGGGCAGUACCCACGUGCUCUCCAACGAAUUGAAGAGCCGCAAAUUCGACAUCGUAGCGCUGCAGGAGGUAUGCUGGAAGGGCUCCACGGUACGAACGUACCCAGAUGGUCGUGCCAUCUACCAGAGCUGCGGCAACACACACGAGCUUGGAACAGCUUUUAUAGUGAUGGGAAAGAUGCAAAAGCGCGUGAUCGGGUGGUGGCCGAUCAACUCACGAAUGUGCCGGUUGAGAAUCAAGGGCCGGUUCUUCAACAUCAGCAUCAUCAACGUGCACAGCCCUCACCUCGGAAGUACCGGUGACGACAAAGACGAAUUCUACACGCAGCUGGAGCGUGAAUACGACCGUUGCCCAAAACAUGAUAUCAAGAUCGUCAUCGGGGAUUUCAAUGCUCAGGUCGGCCAGGAGGAGGAAUUCAAACCGACAAUUGGAAGGUUCAGUGCGCACCAGUUGACCAACGAAAACGGCCUCAGACUUAUUGAUUUCGCCGCCUCCAAACGAAUGGCCGUACGUAGUACCUUUUUUCAGCACCGCCUCCCACACAAGUACACCUGGAGAUCACCGUACCAAACUCAAUCACAGAUCGACCACGUUUUGAUCGACAGCCGGCACUUCUCGGACAUCAUCGACGUCAGAUCCUGUCGGGGCGCCAACAUCGAGUCGGACCAUUAUCUGGUGAUGGUGAAGAUGCGCCCAAAACUCUCCGUAGUAAACAACACGCGAAACCGGCGCCCGCCUCGGUUAAAUAUCGCGCGACUGAAGCAACCUGAGGACUGUUGGGAUACCAUCAAAACAGCCAUCAACAGUGCUGCGGAGAACGUCAUCGGUUAUGUGGAGCGAUCUCGACGGAACGACUGGUUCGACGAGGAGUGUAGGAGGGUGAUGGACGAAGAGAAUGCCGCGCGGGCGGCAGUAGUGCGAAGAGGCACCCGUCGAAAUGUGGAGAAUCACCGACAGCGGGAGAGGCAGCGAGUCCGACUUUUCCAGGAGAAAAAGCGCCGCCUGGAGGAGGAGGAGCUCGAGGAGCUGGAGCAGCUGCAUCGUUCCCAAGAAACACCAAAGUUCUAUCAGAAACUCAACGCAUCCCGCAAAGGCUUCGUGCCGCAAGCCGAAAUGUGCCUGGAUAAGGACGGGGGUAUCCGGACAAUCGUGAGGUGAUCAAAAAGUGGAAGCAGCACUUCGAUGAACACCUGAACGGCGCACAUGCAGGAGAUCAAGACGGUGAGGGAAGGUACAUCGCCGG